AUGGCGGCACAAUCCAAACUCCUCCCCCCAGGCCGGAGCGUCAAACAGCUGCUCUCGCAAUUGACCUCCCUGUACCUCCAACACCGCACCAAGAUCUCGCGGACCGUGUACAUCACCCUCGUCGUCGCCCUCAUCCAUCGCAUCCACAAUGCCAUCUCCGAACAGAAAGCCGCCGCGCGACGACAAGCCGAGAUCCAACGCGACCGGGCCCGUCAAGCGGCGCAGCAGGGCAGCGGCCUCGACGCAGACAAUAACAGUUCGUUACAGAAGCCCGACGAUGGCAAGAAACCCAAGCGCGUCGAGAUCAACCGCGAAUUCUUCCGCUCUCUGGCCCGGCUCCUCCGCAUCGUCAUCCCCUCGUGGCGCUCCAAGGAACUGCGCCUCCUGAUCUCGCACACCGUCUUCCUCGUCCUCCGCACGCUGCUCUCCCUAUACGUCGCCGAGCUGGACGGCAAGGUCGUGUCGGCGCUCGUGCGCGGUCGCGGGCGGGACUUCAUCCUGGGUCUGGUGUGGUGGAUGCUGGUCGCCGUCCCCGCCACGUUCACCAACUCGAUGCUCCAGUACCAUCAGACGCGGCUGGCGUUGGCAUACCGCACCCGCCUGACCAAGCACCUGCACGAGAAGUACCUGGAUAACAUGACGUUUUACACACUCUCGGCGCUGGACGACCGCGUCAAGAACGCAGAUCAGUUGAUCACGGUGGACGUGGCGCGGUUCGCCAACUCGCUGGCGGAACUGUAUGGGAAUCUGGCGAAACCGGUGCUCGACAUGGUCAUCUACAAUUACAGCCUGAGCAAGUCCGUGGGUGGGGAGGGUUUGUUCGCCAUGGCCCUGCUGGUGCAGGUUUCCGCGAACGUGAUGCGCGCGCUGACGCCGCCGUUUGGCAAGUACGUCGCCGACGAGGCCCGGCUGGAGGGCGAGUUCCGGUUUCAACAUACCCGGCUGAUUGACUAUUCUGAGGAGAUUGCCCUGUACGCCGGGCACGAGGCCGAGAAAGAUACCCUGGACAAGGGCUACUUCACGUUGAUCAAGCAUGUGAAUCGCAUUUUGCGACGGCGGUUCUACCAUGGCUUCAUGGAGGAUUUCGUGAUCAAGUACUUUUGGGGUGCGCUGGGGCUGGUGCUAUGCAGUUUGCCGGUCUUUUUCCAAAUCCCGGGACAGGAGCAGCAAGGGCAAGAGUCAGGCCGUCUGAGAGGCGACCACACAGAGAGUUUCGUCACGAACCGGCGGAUGUUGUUGAGCAGCUCCGACGCCUUUGGUCGGCUGAUGUUCAGUUACAAGGAGAUCACCGAAUUGGCGGGGUAUACGUCGCGGGUAGCUUCCUUGCUGGACGUCAUGGACGAGGUCUCGAAGGGCCACUUUGAGAAGAACCUCGUGAGUUCGGCGAGCACGGAAGAGAACGCGGCGGUGCUGCGUGGGAGAGGCACGAUUGAAGAGAGCGAGAAUAUCGAGUUCACGGACGUGCCGAUCGUGUCGCCGAACGGGGACGUGCUGGUCCGGAAGCUGAGCUUCGCCAUCAAACCCGGCGAUCAUUUACUGAUCGUCGGACCCAACGGAUGCGGCAAAUCCUCGCUCUUCCGCAUCCUCGGUGGCCUGUGGCCCGUCUAUGGUGGCAGCGUCAAGAAACCGUCCUUCGAAGACAUCUUUUACAUCCCGCAACGACCGUAUCUCAGCCGCGGCACGCUACGCGACCAGAUCAUCUAUCCGGACACGCUGUACGAGUUCCGCGCCAAGAACGGCUCCGAGGACCGACUCAGGCAGAUCCUCGAGAUUUUGGAGAUAGAAUCCGUGCUUCAACGGCCUGGAGGGUGGGAUGCCGUCGAAGAAUGGCGCGACGUCUUUUCGGGGGGCCUGCAGCAGCGCAUCGCCAUGGCGAGGCUGUUCUACCAUCAGCCCAAAUAUGCCAUUCUCGACGAGUGUACCAGCUCGGUGACGCUCGAGAUGGAACGGAAAAUGUACGAGACGGCCAAAGGGCUGGGCACGACAUUGAUGACCGUGAGUCAUCGGAGGAGCUUGUGGAAGUAUCACAGUAUGAUUUUGCAGUUCGACGGCCAGGGCGGUUACGUCUUUUGUCCGCUAGACGCCGAGAGACGGAUCAAAUUGGAAGACGAGAAGGAGGAGCUCGAGACCUUGCUGAGAGGCGUCGACGGGUGGAAGGCCCGGCUGGACGAGCUGCAGCAGGGUUGA